UGGACUAGAGAUGCCAAAAAAGGGGAAGUGGAAAGUAAGAUAAUCAUUAAUUCCAAACAAAUUGAUCAGAUUAUUCCGCAGGAUUUCCCUAAUAUUGAUCAUGGAGAAAAGAAAGAUAAGCCCGGCAACAAUUUAGAAGAUAAAUUAAAAGAACUUCAGCAGUCAAUUCAAAACUUACAAGAAAAAGGAAAGUUCAAUGAAAAGAUUUGA